UGGAGAAGAAGAAGAGCGGUUUUAGAGGGAAAAAGGAGCUGAUCUGCUGAAGAUAAAGAGCUGUUUAUCUCUUUUUCCCUCUGUUUAUAACUCACUCUUACAGAAAUAGAGAGAAACAGGAGCUGAUCUGCUGAAGAAUUAUCUCCUGCUGCAAGUCUCCUGCUCUAAACAACAACUUUCCAACUAGUUUUCAAAUUACCCUUCAAAAACAAAGCAUGAACCUGCUGAAAUAAGGAAAAGACUGGAUGUGAGAAUAUGGUGUCUGGAAGUACUCAGAAAACAUGAACACACCUUGCAGACCAACACAAAAAAGUGCAGGCAAAAAAACUCACUACUGCUCAGAGUGUGGAAAGAGUUUUACUAAACAGUGUCAUCUCCAAACACACCAGCGCAUUCACACAGGAGAGAAACCGUAUCACUGCUCAGAGUGUGGAAAGAGUUUUACUACACGGAGUGGUCUCCAAAGACACCAGCGCAUUCACACAGGAGAGAAACCAUAUCACUGCUCAGAAUGUGGACUGAGCUUUAGAGAAAGUGGUAACCUCAAAAACCACCAGCGCAUUCACACAGGAGAGAAACCGUAUCACUGCUCAGAGUGUGAACAGAGUUUUCCAACACAGAGUAGUCUCCAAAUACACCAACAUAUUCACACAGGAGAAAAACCGUAUCACUGCUCAGACUGUGGAAAGAGUUAUACUACACAGAGUAGUCUAAAAAUACACCAACAUAUUCACACAGGAGAGAAACCGUAUCACUGCUCAGAAUGUGGGAAGAGUUUUAUUUCACAGAGUCAUCUCCAGAUACACCAGCGUAUUCACAAAGGAGAGAAACCGUACUACUGCUGUGAGUGUGGAAAGAGUUUUACUCAACAGAGUAAUCUCCGAACACACCAGCUAAUUCACACAGGAGAGAAACCGUAUUACUGCUCAGACUGUGGACUGAGCUUUACUCAACACAGUAGUCUCCAAAGACACAAGCGCAUUCACACAGGAGAGAAACCGUAUCACUGCUCAGUCUGUGGGAAGAGUUUUACUUCACUUGGUAGUCUCCAAAAACACCAGCACAUUCACACAGGAGCGAAACCUUAUCACUGCUCAGUCUGUGGGAAGAGUUUUACUUUACUAACUAAUCUCCAAACACACCAGCGCAUUCACACAGGAGAAAAACCGUAUCACUGCUGUGAGUGUGGGAAGAGUUUUAUUCAACAGAGUAAUCUCCGAACACACCAGCUAAUUCACACAGGAAAAAAACCGUAUCACUGCUCAGACUGUGGACAGAGCUUUACUCAACACAGUAGUCUCCAAAGACACCAGCGCAUUCACACAGGAGAGAAACCAUAUCUCUGCUCAGAGUGUGGACAGAGUUUUAGAGAAAGUGGUGCCCUCAAAAAUCACCAGUGCAUUCACUCCUGAGAAAACAACAUCACUGCUCAGAGUUUGGGAAGAGCUUCCGUAAUUUAAAUUUUAAGGUACACUCAUGAUUUAAUGUAUUUCAAAUGAAAUAAAAAAAUGAUUUGGGCUUCUGUCCUGAGUUAGAAAGGAAAGCUUAGUUUAUCAGGUAAGGGGCUUGAUCGAUUUAAAUGCAUUGUU